AUGCCUUUUGCUGUUUGGUGCCACACUUGUAAACCACAUGCCAUCAUAGCGCAGGGUGUCCGCUUCAACGCAGAGAAGCGGAAGGUGGGCAACUACUACAGCACGCCAAUAUGGAGCUUUCGCAUGCGACAUACUGCUUGUGAUGGUGCCAUCGAGAUCAGAACUGAUCCCAAGAACACUGCAUAUGUCGUCGUCGAAGGCGGCAAAGCGCGUGACUACGGCGACGCCAAUGACCAAAUCCAUGAAGGAGAAGGGGGUGUUCCCAUUCUCAGUGCCGCCGAGCGGGAACAACGGCGCGAAGAUGCAUUUGCUCAGCUUGAAGGGCGGGUCGAUGAGAAGGAGCAAGUCAAAGACAAUACGAAGCGCAUUCAAGAGCUUUACGAAUCCCGCGACCGAGAUUGGGACGAUCCGUGGGUGGCCAACAAGCGCAUGCGAUCAUCUUUCCGACAAAAGCGCAAGGCUGCCGAAGAGGAAGAGCGAGCUGCUGAAGCAAUGAAAGAACGCCUAGGCACAGAUAUCGACUUGCUUCCUGCCUCUGCUGAGGAUUCUGCGAGAGCCAAGUUGGUUAGUUUUGGCAAUCAUUCACAGUCGGAAUCUGCAGAACGUGCUGAUGGACAACCAAUGUUCCGCGACAAACCACACAGAGUAUCAUCAAAGAGCAAGCCCAGCAGCUCCACGAAAGCCUCCCGGAAAGAGAUCCUGCGCCAGCGCUUAUUGUCCAGUACUCGCGCUGCUCUCAAUCCUUUUGGCUCUUGA